UAUUAUUGACACCAUCUCUCUCUCAUGGCUAAAACAUAAUUUUUCCUUUUUUCAGCUCAUCUUUAUCAAUAAGAUUACACACAACACACUUUAUAAAAUUUCUUUCCUUGGAGCAAACAUGGAUCCAAUUACUAAAUUGUUAUACGCUUCUCUAAUCUCCAUCCUCUUUGUAGCCAUCAUAUUAAACUUUCUCUCAUCUCAUAAACGAUUAAAGAGAAACCUCCCUCCUAGUCCAUCGCCCACUUUUCCGAUUAUCGGACAUCUUCAUCUCCUAAGCGACCUUCCUCAUCGGUCCUUUCAUGAGCUCUCACAAAAACUAGGCCCCGUCUUCUCCCUUCAACUGGGAAACAGGCUAGCUGUGAUUGUAUCUUCCCCUUCCGCUGUUGAAGAAUGCUUCACCAAGAACGACAUCAUUCUAGCCAACCGGCCGAAUUUCAUUGCUGGAAAGUUCGUUGGCUACAAUUACACCUCCGUAAGUGUAGCACCUUACGGGGACCAUUGGCGAAACCUCCGUCGUCUAAUAACGGUCGAAAUUUUGUCCACCACCCGUCUCAACUCUUCCUUAUCCAUUCGACAAGACCAAGUCAAACAUCUACUUCGAGACCUUUAUCAAGUCUCUUCUUCCACUUUUGCAGCUGUCAAUAUGAGGUCAAGAUUAUCAGAGCUAUCAUUUAAUAUUAUAAUGAGCAUGAUUUCCGGAGUUAAAUGCUUCAACCAAGGAGAACUAUCGGAUUUUGAGGAGGCUAAUAAGGAAUCAGUAAACAUUGUAGAAGAGAUUUUCAAGUUAGCCGGUGUAUCACAUCUUGAAGAUUUUUUACCAAUUUUAAGGUUAUUUGAUUAUCAAAAUUACGAAAAGAAUUUUUCUGCCCUUCAAAAGAAGAUGGAUAUCUUUCUCCAACACCUUAUAGAUCAACGUAGGUUGUCUAAUGACGGUAACUCAAUGAUUGACCACUUGCUUGUUUUACAAGAAAAACAACCAGACUACUAUACUAAUGAUAUCAUCAAAGGGCUAUUACUAAUUAUGAUACUUGCUGGGACGGAUACGUCCUCGAUAACAUUGGAAUGGGCAUUGUCACUAUUAGUAAAUCACCCCGAAGUAUUAAAGAAGGCGGCAGCCGAAAUAGAUGACCAAAUUGGCCAAGACCGCCUAUUGGAUGAAUCCGAUCUUGCUAAACUCCCUUAUCUCCAUGGAGUGAUUUCCGAGACCCUUCGGAUGUUCCCAGCGGGACCACUCCUUCUCCCCCGCAUGUCGUCGGAGGAUUGUAAGAUUGCUGGAUUCGACGUUCCUUGUGGAACAGUGUUAUUAGUAAAUGCAUGGGCCAUUCAUAGGGAUCCUGAUGUUUGGGAAGAAGCAGAAAGGUUUAAGCCUGAGAGAUUUGAAGACGGAGAAGUUGAAAGUGGAUACAAGCUAAUACCAUUCGGGAUGGGUCGAAGGGCUUGUCCUGGAGUAGCCCUAGCUCAUCGAAUUAUGGGAUUGGCAUUGGGCUCGUUGAUCCAAUGCUUUCAUUGGAAGAGACUAAGUGAGAAUGAAUUGGUUGAUUUAAGUGAGGGGAAGGGUCUCUCCAUGCCUAAAGCUCAACCACUUGAAGUUAUGUGCAAAGCUCGUGAUAUCUUGCACAAGCAUCUAUAAUCAUUUGAAUUCAUUUUUAUCUUGUACUAGCAUCUAUAAUGGUUUAUCUUCAUUUUUAUGUAUACUAGCUCUUUCAUUUUCUUUUUGUUGAA